AUGCUCAAACCACAAGCCAACUCGACUCGAGACGUCGUCUCUUUAGACGGCAUCUGGAACUUUGCCAUUGCAUCAUCACCCGACAUUGAAGCAGACGCACCAUGGUCUAAGCUCCUGCCGCCAAAACUUCAAGUACCCGUACCCGCCAGCUACAACGACAUCUUUGCAGAUGAAAAUAUCCGCAGUCACGUUGGGUGGGUGUACUAUCAACGCCAAGUCACAGUGCCUCGCGGAUGGUCGCCCGAGGAUCAAAGAUAUUUCCUGCGAUUCGACGCAGCAACCCAUCGCGGCCGUGUCUACGUCAAUGACAAGCUAGUCGCUGAUCAUGCUGGCGGAUACACCCCCUUCGAGGCAGACAUCACUAGCAUCAUCAAACCCGGCGAGAGGUUUCGUCUGACUGUGGCAGUGAGCAACGAGCUGAGCUGGGAGACGAUUCCUCCCGGCAAGAUUCAGACCCUCGCCAACGGCAAGCGAAAGCAGAAUUAUCAGCAUGAUUUCUUCAACUAUUCUGGGCUUGCACGAUCGGUGCACUUAUGUUCAAAGCCAGUGGUGUCCAUCAGCGACAUCACCGUCGUAACGGACGUCUCGGAGUCGGGAGCAGGCAAAGUUCAGUAUAAAGUUCAGACUUCGCAGCCGGUGGAGGAUGACAAGGUCAAGAUCUCUGUUCUUGACGAGGAGGGGUUGACCGUGGCUCAAGCGAAUGGGACGAAAGAUGAGCUGACGAUCAACUCGGCUCAUCUGUGGCAACCCGGCGCGGCUUACCUGUACCAACUUCGCGUGGAAAUCCUAUCAGACUCCAGCAAAGACGAGGUUAUCGAUACUUAUGAACUCCCCUUUGGCAUCCGCACAAUCUCGGUCAAGGGGAAUCAAUUCCUUAUCAACGGCAAGCCCUUCUACUUCACCGGCUUCGGCAAGCAUGAAGACUCGCCGAUUCGCGGCAAGGGCUUCGAUCCGGCCUACAUGAUUCACGACUUCCACCUCAUGCGCUGGAUGGGAGCAAACUCAUUCCGGACAGCUCACUACCCCUACGCCGAAGAAGUUCUCGACUACGCCGACCGACACGGGAUCGUCGUCAUCAACGAGACUCCCGCGGUUGGUAUCAACCUCGGCAUCAUUGCCGGCGUCUUCGGGCUCAAGGCGCCUCCCACUUUCGCCCCCGAUGCAUGCAACGAGAAGACACAAGCGGCGCAUGACCAGGCUAUCAGAGAGCUCGUGGCGCGGGACAAGAACCAUCCGUCGGUGGUGAUGUGGACCGUUACCAACGAGCCCGCCUCGGCGGAGCCCGGCGCGAGGGAGUAUAUGGAGCCGCUGGUCUCAUUGACGCGAGAACUGGACCCGACUAGGCCGGUCUGCUUCGCGAACAUGGGGUUCGCGACGUUCGAGAAAGAUCUCGUGACAGACUUAUUCGACGUCAUUUGCUUGAACCGCUACUACGGAUGGUACUCUCAGACGGGUGACCUGGAAGAGGCGGAGCAGGUUCUGGAAAAGGACUUGCUUGGAUGGCAGGCCAAGUACGGCAAGCCCAUGAUCAUGACUGAGUACGGCGCCGAAGCUGUGGCGGGGCUACAUGCCGUAUGUGACGUUCCCUGGAGCGAGGAGUACCAAGGAAAAUUUCUGGAAAUGUUCCACCGAGUAUUUGAUCGCGUUGAGAACGUCGUCGGAGAGCACGUUUGGAACUUUGCGGAUUUCCAGACGACGUCGAUAACCAUGGCACGCCUUCCGUACCCCGACAUUAAGGGGACUCCCCUCAACAUCUCCAAGCUUCUAGCCCAUAGCCCGGCUACCGUCAACCACUGGUCGAAAAUCGCAGGUGCUCACUUCAAAGACCUCGAGUUAUCCUCCAAGAAUCGAGAAUUGGUGAUUCUUCUCAGCACAGCAAAGUUCCGGUCCACCUACGAGUGGACGCAUCACAGCACAGUCUCCGCCAAAGAGGGUGUCACAGACGCCCAGCGCGAAGUGAUUGCCCAGGCUGGGAGGCAGAAGGGAUAUUUCUCCGCUCAGGGGAAAUUGGAAUCUCUCGCAGACUUAUUCACACCGCGAGAGAAGACGCUCCUCCUGUUUAUCGAGGCCGUCAUUGACGGGCCAGAGGUGGCGGAUGAGCUAUGGGCGAAAGCCAAGACUGAGUUUUCUGACCGAGAAGUCGUGGAAAUGAUUACGCUGCAGGUUGGUUUCCCGGUAAAAGUUGCUGGGUCUGGGUGCUAA